AUGUCAAUGGCUACUCAUCUCCGAUGCCUUUCUUCUAUAUUGAGUCUCUUUCUCAUUGUUCCCUUGGUCCUGAACGGCGGCGUCCUCUGCAAGACGCUUAAGCGAGACGUGAAGGCAUUAAAUGAAAUAAAGGCGUCACUUGGAUGGAGAGUAGUGUACGCGUGGGUUGGUGAUGAUCCUUGUGGAGAUGGUGAUUUGCCUCCUUGGUCAGGUGUCACGUGUUCUGCUGUGAGUGGGAGUGAUUACAGAGUUGUUACUGAAUUGGAAGUAUAUGCAGUUUCGAUUGUUGGUCCCUUUCCGCUUGCAGUUACCAAUCUGGUGGAUCUUACGAGGCUGGACCUACAUAAUAACAAAUUGACUGGACCAAUUCCUUCGCAAAUCGGACGACUGAAGCAUCUUAAGAUACUUAAUUUGAGGUGGAACAAAUUCCAAGACUCCAUUCCUCCUGAAAUUGGUGAACUAAAGCAGUUAACACAUCUCUACCUGAGUUUUAAUAACUUUAAGGGUGAAAUUCCCAAGGAACUUGCUAAUCUUCCUGAGCUUCGUUAUCUUCAACUUCAUGAAAAUCGUUUGACUGGGAGAAUUCCACCCGAAUUGGGAAUGUUGACAAAUCUGCGGCACCUGGAUGUCGGCAACAAUCACUUGGUUGGGACCAUAAGGGAACUUAUUCGUAUUGAAGGAUGCUUUCCAUCUCUUCGUAAUCUGUAUCUCAACAACAACUACCUCACCGGAGGUGUUCCAUCACAGCUUGCUAAUUUAACGAACUUGGAAAUCUUAUAUAUAUCUUAUAACAAAAUGUCUGGAGUUAUACCGUUUGGGCUGGCUCAUAUACCUCGAUUGACCUACUUGUACUUGGAUCACAACCAAUUUUCUGGGAGAAUUCCUGAUACCUUCUACAAGCACCCAUUUUUAAAAGAAAUGUACAUUGAAGGAAAUUCGUUCAGGCCAGGCGUGAAACCCAUUGGUGACCACAAAGUCCUGGAACUUGCAGAUUCGGAGUUCCUGUUUUAG